UGAUGUGCAACCAAAACAUGUUGUAUGUAAUACCACACAGACAGUCAAAUUAAGGUGUAAAAUCAAAAAUGUCGAAAGCUCUUUUCCAACAUUCCUUUGGAACCAUUACUUAAAUGGUGUGCGCAUUCGUAGACUGAAUGGAGAAGAUUAUAAAAACCUUUCAGUUCUUUCUAUAACGUACUGUAGUUAUCAAGAUGUUGGUUAUUAUACUUGCACGGUAACAUGCAACGGUAGAAAUAUGACGUCAACCGCUUACGUCAUAGUUCAAGGAGCACCUGUAAUAAUCAAACAAGACGUGAUUGCAGAUUCAUCAAAUGUUACACUGUCUGUCACUUAUAUUUCGGAACCACCAUUGAUGUAUGUUAUAUGGUAUAUUAACGACGAGAACGUAAAUGAAAGCAAUUCUAGUAACCAUAGCGACAUAUUUAUACAAAACAUCAAAGUAAAUGUUCCUGUGAACUACCACAAAACACCAAUAACCAGGAAUGUCCACCAGAGUAAGCUGUCAUUCAGCCGAGCCGUAGUUUCGCAUAUGGAUACUAUCAGCUGUCAUUUAAAAAACUUCAUAGGAAGCAGAGAACCAUUAUUUGAAGCAAACAUGUUAACCAUAUCUAUAAAUGAUAAAGAAAAUUUAAUAAGUAAUAUAAAAUACGUAAAUCCAACUGAAUUAGAAUCGAUACGUGAUGAUAUAACAGUUUCUUCAGAUUUGAACGAACUUGAUAAUGAACAAGCUGGUGUAUCCAUGAACAAAUCAAUAUUUAUUUAUUUGGCAGUUAUGUGUGCUGGUGUUUUAACUACCAUUAUUAUUGUCGUUGCAAUAGUCAGGAAAUAUGGUAAACGGAAAUUGUCAGUUGACCUUACACCUAGCAACAGAACCUUAGCUAACAGACAAAUUGAAUAUCCUGAAGAAGAUGACGCUUCGGAAACUCUUAAUCAAUCGCAGUAUGCGGAGAUAGAUGAUGUAUCUUACCAUUCUGUAACAUGGAGGGAUUAUUCACUAGACAAUGUACAGGAGUAUAUAGAAAUGAACGUUGUCGUCAACAAUGAUCCCAUAUAUCUCAACCCACAGUGCUAUGAGGACAUCCGGGACUCAUUGAGAGAACUUCAUGCAUAUGAUUGUACGAAAACAAAUGUGACCGACAUAAAACAGGCAGCAAUUUGAACGUAUCGAUGUAAAUAUUUUGGUUUAAACACGUGGGUUCAAAAUAUACAUGUCAAUGCGAUUUUAA